AUGAAGCGAUUCAACCGGACCAAUGGCCUUCCACAGCCUGAAAGAAUAAGUUCCCUCCAAUGGGAGUCCAAACGUCAAACCAAUGAUUCCAUCAACUUUAUCGGCAUCCGGUGGGGGAAGUUGCCGAUUCGAACGAAAACAACUAAAGACAAAACAAACUGCCGCAAGCGCAAGAAGCCAGACAGCGGCAACGAAGCUCAAGAUUCUCUCCCAUUCUCAUCUCACUCUUCAUCGGUUGGGAGUGAGACGGUAAAUGAGAGAAGUCCGGGCCGACCAGUUCACGAUUCCGACAGCUCGGUUACCUUCAAGACACUUUGGGCCGAGCUAGCAGGUGUCGAAUCGCAUCCAAGAUACUGGGAGCUGUUCACGGCAGUCUGUACAAUCGAGACCAUGCAUCAGAGUUGGCAUCACAACAAUAUGGCUGUUAAACUGGUCCAACACAAUAUCUCGCCAUCUGAAGCUGCUGUUAUCUGCGACCUGAUGGAGACUCUGAGCCCAACGCUUAGGUCUUUAAUUCUAGAUAUUGACGCGAACGAAGAUCGCACUGCUCUUGAAAAUGCUUUUGGCUACAACUCAGCAUGGUCUUGUUUCAGCAGCAGGUUGAGGCCAUUGAGGAGGGCCCCGUUAAACAGGCCUACAUGA